CCGCCUCCGUCAUUCUGUCGCUCGCGCUCUCCCUCAGCCGCCUCGCGCCGUCUCUCUCGCCUUCGUUUCCCUCGCGCUGCUGCAACCAUGGUCGAGGCUUUCAUCGGCACGUGGAACCUCAAGGAGAGCAACGGCUUUGACGAAUACAUGAAAGAGCUCGGUGUGGGCUAUGCUACUCGCAAACUCGCCAAUUUCACAAAGCCCACAACUAUUAUCUUGUAUGACGACGAGUGGCUGACCGUGAAGACCCAGAGCAGCGUCAAGAAUACAGAAUUCCGCUGCAAACUGAAUGAGGAGUUUAGCGAGACCACCGCUGAUGACAGAAAGGUUCAGUCCAUUGUAAAAAUAGUGGAUGGGAAGAUGGUGCACACACAGACGUGGGAGAACAAAGAGACCACUCUGGUCAGGGAAAUCACUCCUGACGGCCUGUUGCUGACACUGACGAUGGGAACUGUUGUUUGCACACGUCGCUAUGAGAAGGCACAGUAAAACCUACCACCCCCCCCAAAAAAAACCCAGAAGGCCGUGCGAGGGAACCCAUGUGCUGCCAACUUAAUGUUCUUUUAUUCUGGACAUUCAGUAUUAACCUCAUGCUGACCAUGCCGUCCCUGUUCUCCCUGUCUCACCCAUGUUGGUUCCUCCUACUGUAAGAAACCCAGUUAUUGUUUUAUUCUGUAAAAUCACAGCCAUCCGUGUUUUAAAUAAACUGGAACAGUGUUGGAGUUUGAGGCUUGGUUUAUAAGACCUGAAAAUAACAAUAAAAGUUCAAAAAGUUGGAUCAAG